AUGGUGGAGCCUCGCGCGUCGCCCGGCUACCUGCGCCAGACCGCGGCAUCGCGGGCGAGCAGCAGGUCGAAGGUGCUGCCGCGCACACCGCCCAGCCUCGCCAAGCAUCCGACUGCGCUGGACAAGCUCCGGUCGACGCCCGAGCGACCGACUCCAAGCCGGCGGCGCUCGCUCGAGCCGGCGCUGGCCGAGGCGGUCGCCGGAGCGCCCGGCAGAGCGACCGACAACAACUUGGACAUCGGCGCAGUUCUGAACCUCGAGUCCGCCGAUCGGCCCGCGUCGACGGUGCCGCCCGAGUCCAAGACGAAAGUGGCCGACGCGGCGCUCGUCACUGAGAAUGUGGACUGCCAGUCGCCCGCAAAGCUGCGCCGGCAGCCGGGGCCGGCGCCCGAGCCGGGCCGGCGCGACCUCACCGCGCUGCAGCGGCUCGAGCUCGCGGCUGCGCGGCGAGGUGGACGGCUCGGCGGCAGCGGACAGCUACGGCAGCGAGCAGCGUGCAUCGCCCUCAACGCGGACGGUUCCCUCGCAGCGACGCCAGUCCGGCGCUCGCGCCGCUCCGGCGGGUCGUCGGCGAGGAAGGCAAAGGUCCUCGUCUCGCCGGACGGGUCCGGGUACAUCGAGGCGCUCGCACGCGGCACGCCGCCGUAA